AUGUUGCCAUUUUUUUCUCUAAUUAUUCUUUUUACUAUUUAUUUAGCUAAUUGGGCUAACUCUGAAAUAAUUAACACGGGAUAUGGAUCAAUUCAGGGUUUAGAAGUUUGGAGAAAUCACAAAUUAUAUCAUAGUUUUAAGGUGAGCGAUUUUUACAGGAUUUUAGUGGAAUAUUUGAAGAAUUUCAGAAAAUCCCAUUUGCUGCACCACCUUUGGGAAAAUUGAGAUUUCAAAAACCUGAAAAUCCAGAAUUAUGGACUGAAAUUCGAGAUGGAACUGGUGAGAUUUAGAAAAAAAUUACUUGUGGCCGAGUUUUCGAAAGUUAGGAAAAUCACUUUGAAACAGAUUUUGAAAUAUCGAUAGCCGAGUUUUCCAACAAAAAAAUGUGAGACCUUGGCCACGCGGAAAUAUUUUUUAAAAAUGUAUUUUGGAGCCUAGAAAUCACAAAAAUUAUCAAUUUGCUUUUAGUGAUAACUGUGUCUGGUGAAAUAUGAGAAUUUUUCUAUUGAUGUAGAAAAAAAUCAUAUGGCCAAGAAAAAAAACAACUUUAAAAAUUAAUGAAAAUAUACCUAUCUGAAAAUAAACACUGCCACGUCAUAACUCAAUUUUUUUCACAGCUUAUGGUCCAGCAUGUAUGACAAAUUCGACAACAUCUAAAAGUAUACCAAAAUGGAUCGAUGAAGAUUGUUUGUAUUUGAAUAUUUUUGUGUCGGAUUAUUGUUUGGUAGGUCGAAAAAUGAUGGGGAAGAAUAUGGGUAUAGGCCAAUAAAAACAUCCGAGGAAUUCCUAGAUCACCAUAAACAGGAUCUUGAGGUGUUUUCUAUUCUUCAAAAAUCCUCCCAGGUUUUUCCAGAAAUCCAAAAACUGCUCGACUGCAGUUUACAUUCACGGCGGAGGUCUGAACUAUGAUUCAGCUGUGAUGUUCAAUGACACGUUUCUCCUUGAUUCUUUUUGCUCAAGAGAUGUUAUUCUGGUUAUUCCAGCAUUUCGACUUGGUAUAUUUUCCCAUUUAAUUUUCAAAGAUCAAAAAGUUGUUCCUUACAAUAUUGCAAUAUUUGAUAUUCUAAAAGCUAUUGAUUUUGUCAAUCAAGAAAUCCAACAUUUUGGUGGCAAUUCUCAAAAUAUCACUCUGAUGGGUCACAGUUUUGGUGGAACUAUCACUUCAAAUCUUUUAUUUUCCACGAAAAUUCCUAAAAAGUUUCAAAAAAUCGUGUCAAUGUCAACGACCUCCACAUUCAAAUCCAUAGAAGAAUCCAGAAAAUUGACAGAUAAAUUUUUGAGAAUUUCUGGGUGUGAAUUCAGAAGAGAUUCUGAUUCUUUACAAUGUUUGGAAAAAUUGGAUGCACGAGAGUUGCUCAGGUUAGUAAUAUCGAUAUUGAAUAAGUAAAGAUUCAAAAAAUUCAGAAUUCAAAGAAAAAUGGAGGAAGAAGAUCCGAAAAAUAUAUUUGAAUCUGUUUUUCAAGAAUUACCACUCUUUCAACCUGGAACUAUUGGAAAUUUUUAUAAAAAUCCAACAAUUAUGCCAUAUUUAACUGGAGUUGUGACACAUGAACUUGAAAAAAAUCAGGAAUCGACUGAACUUGCAAGAAUUAUUGAUUUUAAAAAUAAGAAAGAGGUUUAUACGAAGUAUAGAAUGGAUAAGAAAUUGGGGAAAUUGAGUGAGUAAUACAGGGUAGGGUUACUGUAGAUUGAUAGAAAUUGUUCUAAAAUUUUAAGAAUUCAACCACACCGACAAUACUCAACAGUUCUUCCUAGACACUGCAUUUCGAAUUAGAGAAAUGAGAAAAAUUGGAGCACCUGCUUAUCUUUAUGAAUACUCAAAUUCCAAACAUUCUCUUCACACGGAUGAUUUAUAUUAUAUCAUGGGUGUUCAUCCUUUUAAUAAGACUGUAGAUGAACAAAAAUUAUCAGAAGUUUAUCCGGAAUAUUUUAUGAAUUUUAUCAAAUUUGGAAAACCUGCGGAAAUUUGGGAAAUAUCGAAUGGAACUAGUUAUUUUGAUAUUGAUUGGAGCGAGGAAAAUGGAAAAAGACCGCAAAUGAGAAAUGGAUUUGAGCAGGAAGUUAGGCUAACAUUUUGACUUCCAAAAAUUCUGAAAUUCUUCAGAUAAUUGAUUAUUGGUUUGUCGAGAUGAGGGAAUUCGAUGAACUUGUUGAAAAAACAAAAUCAGCUCCGAAGUACAGAAAUUUUUCAAUAUUAUCAGAAAAUUCAAUUCCGAUUCCAUGGUUCUGGAUUCUAAUGAUCUUUCUAGUUGGAAUGAUCCUUGGAAGGUUUUGUUUAUGUUCACCGAAAAAAUCGAUCUAUAUUCAAAUUCCUGGGAACAAUUAUGAGAAAAUUGCUGAAAUUUGA